UUGUUUUGGAACUGCUGAGGAGAAAUCAACAAUUUUUUAAAAUGAAAUUAUUCAUUGUGUUCUGUGCGCUGAUCGCUGCUGUGCUGGCCGCACCCCAUGGUGGUGGAUACGGUCAACAAGGCUUCGGGCCAGGUGGAUACGGCCAGCAAGGUUUCGGACCUGGUGGACAUGGUCAUGAAGGAUUCGGACCAGGCAGACACGGACAAUCCGGUUUCGGACCAGGUGGACACGGCCAGCAAGGAUUCGGACCAGGUGGACACGGACAAUCAGGUUUUGGACCUGGUGGACAUGGUCAUGAAGGAUUCGGACCAGGCGGACACGGACAAUCCGGUUUCGGACCAGGUGGACACGGUGGCCAUAAUCCACAUGGACACGGUAGAUACUAAGCACUUCUGUUCAAUAAAAAUAAUGACGUUUACAGCUUAAAACCUAGCCAAAUAUUUGUUGUUACUAUAAGGAGCCAUGCCCACUCUCUAUAUAUAUUGUCCGAAUCACUAUCAACAGCGAGCUGAUCGCAAAUGGGCAGCGUUAUCAUACAGCUGCCAUUGAAUGUGUCGAUUGCUAACAAGCGAUGCGAUUAUUAAACUGAAAUCUGUUCACAGAUUGACGAAAGAAGAAGGCAACAAAACUGAGCAUUGCGA